CUUUUGGCUUCAACAUCGGAAAGUGAUAUUAUUUUUUGAUAUAUGAAGCUAUUGAUGUUAAUUUCAAAAUAAUUUGGUAGGAUAUUUCAGCUAUAUAGUUCAUUGAAAUUUAUUCAAAUGACAAGCAUUGUGAACAGGUAUUAUCUGAGCGAGAUCAUUUCGGAAUAAGAAGUCCACAAGCCUUUGCACAAACAAGCCGUCUGCUUAUUGCUGAUCUUCUGUACUUUUCCUGUUUUCGGUGCAAGAGAAAGUAUCACCGGAAAAACUGGCGCAAGAACAGCUCUGAAUCUCCCCGGUGUUUUAUACGCAACUGUUCUAGAACUACCAUGGAAAAUUCCACCACAAUAGUGUUUAUUCUACAAAGACUGAAUGAGACGAUGUCUACCAAACACGCAUACUUUGCUGUCACUUUACUCGUUUACCUUUUUAUUAUUUUCGUGAACUUGACUUUGAUCGUGACAAUUAUUUUGGAGAGAACACUCCAUGAACCCAUGUUUAUUUUUCUGUGUAGCUUGUGUGUAAAUGGGAUAUUAGGUGCCUGUACAUUUUAUCCCAAAAUAUUGGUGGACCUUUCAUCUGACUUGAGUGUUACUUCGUAUAAAGCUUGUCUGACUCAAAUUUUUGUAUUAUACACCUACCUCAGCUGCGAACUUCAUACGUUAGCAAUAAUGGCUUAUGACAGGUAUAUCGCGAUAUGCAAGCCGCUCAAUUACCACUCCAUCAUCACGCCUCGGAAGGUGAUGAUAUUGCUGCUUUUUAUCUGGCUUUUAUCCAUCUGUGAAUCUGCUUUUGCGGCGGUACUGAUAGCCAGAGUACCUAUCUGUGGAUUCCAUAUCGACAAGAUUUAUUGCACAGUUUGGGCAAUGGCAAAGCUAUCAUGCGUGGAUACCACUGUCAGUAACGUAUAUGGGACCGUUCUCUCGGGUUUUCACGUUGCACAGGUUCUGCUGAUCUUGAUUUCUUAUGUUGAUAUCGUCAAAGCCUCCGUGCGAUCGCAGAAAGAACGGAACAAGUUUAUGCAGACCUGUUUGCCCCAUUUAAUAUCACUGGCCAACUUCUCAGUCGCAGCUGCUUUUGACCUCAUGUACGCUCGCUAUGGUCCCACCAACCGUCUGCAUGCUCUCCGAAAUUUCAUGUCCCUGGAGUACCUCAUUGUUCCACCGAUCCUGAAUCCCCUCAUCUACGGCCUGAAACUGAAUCAGAUCCGCCGUAGAAUAUUUAGGAUUUGCAGCCAGAAAAGACAUACUUUAAAGUGAAUCUCUGCACUUUGUCCAGGCUGGAAAAGCAAUAUCCCGCCGACAAAUAUUUUCAUACAAAUGACAACAGGACAACAACUAUCUUUAAACAGCAGAACAAAAGGAUGUAGCACAGUUUAAGACAUUCCCAGAAGUAAUAUAAGCCUAUAUCGACCAAGAUAUUUUUAGUUUUACGCAAAACUUUGUGGGUCAUAGUUUGUGCUGCUUUGCCUUGUGUACAGAAUUGUCCUUGGUAUGUCACACGCCAGCGUGACAACCGUAGGGAGGAGAUCCGGCAGUGCCGGGGAACACCGUUGGUUACUGCAUGGAGAGUGAGAGCGCGCACCCAUACAAACACUAAAUAAUAUAAACGGACACCUUCACCCUCCCCCCCUCACGGUUUCUGGGCAAAAACAAUGAAAUAAAAUAAUGACGACUAAAGAAAGUAAAACUUCGCGACCACUUCUCGUGCGCCGCCAGUAGCUGGCCCGCCUUCCCGGCCAGGUCCAGCUCCAGCUCCUCCAAAACCAUAGUUGAGGAUUACUUUCUUUUUCCUGGAACACAAUUCCAAAACAACGAAUCGAACACAAUAACAGCGCUCUCGGUGUGAGCUCCCGGUCUCAGCCUCAAACUGAGGAGAGCAGCACACGUUUAUGCACCUGGGCUGAUUAGCUAAGGCAACCUGGUGCGCGUGCUCUUUCGACCAGCCGGCGCAGCCGAGACCAAUCACGUGGUACAUUCGGAGAUGGAAAACCCAGAGAGAUACAAACUGGAAUGAGUCUCGUUUUGACCAGUGUUGAAACUGCUACUCAUAUCCACGCACGAGAGUUUUGAAUGAAGAUUGUAUUGUAAGUUUCAGUGAUAAAAAUGAAACGCAGAAUG